CUGGGUUGGGAAGGUCCGUCGUGGGUGCGUGAAUGCGAAUUUCAUCCAUAUUUGAGAACGUUUGCAUCGAAUCUGCAGUCUUCUUGACAUAUGGACCUGCACAUGGCUUUAAGCUGACAGACGGGUGAGCGCGCCCCGCCAUGUCGUCGGUGAAGGUCGCCGUCCGGGUGCGGCCGUUCAACGGUAGGGAGAUCGGCCGCGAGUGCGACUGCAUCAUCGACAUGGACGGCAACACAACCACCAUCACGAAUCCCAAGCAAAUAAAUGAUAACGUCAAAAGUUUUAACUUUGACUAUUCCUACUGGUCGAUAGAGCCGUCGGCGCCCCAGUUCUCCUCCCAGGAGCGGGUGUACCUGGACAUCGGGGUGGAGAUGCUGGACCACGCCUUCGAAGGUUACAAUGUAUGCAUUUUUGCGUAUGGCCAGACCGGGGCCGGCAAGUCGUACACCAUGAUGGGGAAGCCGGACGAUGGCCAAGAGGGCAUCAUCCCCAGGAUCUGCCGCAACCUCUUCCAGCGGAUCUCCAACGACAGCGACACGGAAGCCCAGUACUCUGUGGAGGUCAGCUACAUGGAGAUCUACUGCGAACGCGUCCGGGACCUGUUGAAUCCGAAGAACAAGAACCAUCUGCGCGUGCGUGAGCACCCGCUGCUGGGGCCCUACGUAGAGGAUCUCUCGAAGCUGGCCGUCACCGCUUACGAGGACAUCCGCGACCUGAUGGACGAGGGGAACAAGGCCAGGACUGUGGCGGCCACCAACAUGAAUGAAACGUCCAGUCGUUCCCAUGCCGUUUUUACCAUCAUCUUCACUCAACGGAAGUAUGAUGCCGCGACAGACCUCACGUCAGAAAAGGUCAGCAAGAUCUCGCUGGUGGACCUGGCCGGCUCGGAGAGGGCCGACUCCACCGGCGCCAAGGGCACGCGGCUCAAGGAGGGCGCCAACAUCAACAAGUCGCUGACCACACUCGGCAAGGUCAUCUCGGCGCUGGCUGAAGUGUCUUCAGCACCAGCCUCGAAGAAGAAGAAGAAGUCCGAGUUCAUUCCGUACCGGGACUCGGUGCUGACCUGGCUGCUGCGUGAGAACCUGGGCGGCAACAGCAAGACGGCCAUGGUGGCCGCCCUCUCACCGGCCGACAUCAACUACGACGAGACGCUCUCGACUCUCCGGUACGCCGACCGCGCCAAACAGAUCGUCUGCAAGGCCGUGGUGAACGAGGACGCCAACGCCAAGCUGAUCCGCGAGCUGCGCGAGGAGAUCAUGCGCCUGCACGACCUGCUCAAGGUCGAGGGCAUCCAGGUGGACUCGGACGGGAAGGUUAAUUACUCAAAUAGUAGGCCCAAGUCCCAUGACGUUUCAGCCGAGGGAGGCUCGCCGGAGGCCAGUGGAACCAGCAAUGUCACCAAGGAUGCUGUCCAUCAGCUGCAGGUCAACGAGAAAAUCAUGGCAGAGCUGAGCGAGACCUGGGAGCAGAAGCUGAAGCGGGCCGACGACGUGCGGCAGUACCGCGAGACCGUGUUCGCCGAGAUGGGCAUCGCGCUCAAGGAGGACGGCAAGACGGUCGGCAUCUUCUCGCCCAAGAAGACGCCGCACCUGGUGAACCUGAACGAGGACCCGUCCAUGUCCGAGUGUCUGAUCUACUACAUCAAGGAGGGCAUCACGCGCGUCGGCUCUGCCGAGGCCAACAUACCACAGGACAUCCAGCUGAUUGGCGUGCACAUCUACAACGAGCACUGCAUCUUCGAGAACAGGGAGGGUGUGGUGAUGUUGAUCCCGAACGAUGGGGCGCUGUGCUACGUGAACGGGCGCACCAUCACGCAGCCUGUCGUACUGCGCACUGGCAGUCGCGUCAUCCUCGGCAAGAACCACGUCUUCCGCUUCAAUCACCCCGAGCAAGCGCGAGAGAGGCGGGAGAAGUCGCCCAGCGAGCCGCCCAGCUCGGAGGCGGUGGACUGGCAGUUCGCGCAGGUGGAGCUGCUGGAGAAGCAAGGAAUCGACUUAAAAAAGGAAAUGGAAAAACGACUCGAAGCAAUGGAGGAACAAUUCAAAAAGGAGAAAGAAGAAAGUAAGCUGCAGUUCGAGAAAGAAAGAAAGAACUAUGAAGCCAAGAUUGAUGCUCUGCAAAAACAGGUUGAAGAGCAGAGUAUGACUAUGUCCAUGUACUCGUCCUACACAGCAACGGAUGACUUCGUCCCCGAAGACGAUGUGUAUGUGAAUCCGCUGUUCGAGGGCGAGGUCGUGUGGACGGAGCGGGACUACCAGCUGGCGGCCACGUGCUUCCAAAAGUGGCGCUUCCAUCAGUUUACGUCGCUCCGAGACGACCUCUGGGGCAAUGCCAUCUUCCUCAAGGAGGCCAACGCCAUCAGUGUCGAGCUGAAGAAGAAGGUGCAGUUCCAGUUCACGCUGGUCACGGACACCAUGUACAGUCCGCUGCCGUCUGACCUCGCUCCAGCCGUCGAGGACGACGAGGAGGUGGCCCCCGACGGCCGGCCCUACCCGCGCACCAUCGUCGCCGUCGAGGUCAAGGACCAGAAGAACGGCGCCACCCAUUUCUGGAGUAUCGAGAAGCUACGCCGGCGGCUGGAGCUGGCGCGCCAGUGCCGCCUGGCGCUGGCCGACCCGUGCCCGCUCAGCCCGGAGUCAGAGCCGAACCCCGCCGCCGCCGAUGCCGCCCAGCGGCUGGAGCUGAUGCGCGAGAUGUACCACAACGAGGCGGACCUCAGUCCCAGCUCGCCGGACCACAGCGUGGACAACGUCACUGGCGGCGACCCCUUCUACGACCGCUUCCCCUGGUUCCGGGUGGUCGGCAGAGGUUUUGUGUAUCUGAGCAACCUCCUGUACCCGGUGGCGCUGGUGCACAAGGUACCCGUGGUCAACGCCAACGGCGACGUCAAGGGCUACCUGCGCGUGGCCGUCCAGGCCGUGCUAGACGAGGACGCGCUCGAGUGCUCGUCGGGCGUGCGCCAGUCGGCGCGGAUCACGUUCGUCGACGAGCCGCCGUCGGAGCCGCUGCCGCCACCGCCGCCGCCGCCGCCGCUGCAGCUGCCCGACGAGCGGCUGCCGGACGGUGCCGCCAGCACACGAGACGCCGAGAAUGACGCGGACAGCGGCCGCGGCGACUCUGAGAAGGAAGCCGAGGAGCAGCUGCCACCACACAUGGCCCUCGGCAGAGAGUUCACCUUCAGGGUCACCGUGCUCCAAGGCAUGGGCAUACAGAGCGACUACUCGGACGUCUUCUGCCAGUUCAAGUUCCGGCAUCGUGAGGAUGAAGCGUUCUCCACGGAACCGAUCAAGAACUCGGGCGCUGCGCCCAUCGGGUUCUACCACGUCCAGAACAUCACGGUGGCGGUGACGCGGUCAUUCGUCGACUAUCUGAAGACGGAGCCGCUGGUGUUCGAGGUGUUCGGCCAUUAUCAGCAGCACCCGCUGCACAACGACUCCAGGAUGGACUCUUGUCUCCGGCCGCCGCCACGCCGGCUACAGCCGCUCGCCAUCCCCAUCAGCCUGCCGGUGCGCUCGGCCAAGUUCGGCGCCCUGCAGCAGCACUGCUCGGCCCACGUUCACGCGCGUCACGACAUCCUGGUGUGGUUCGAGAUCUGCGAGCUCGCACCGAGCGGCGAGUACGUGCCGGCCGUGGUGGAUCACUGCGACGAGCUGCCGACCGGCGGCCAGUUCCUGCUGCACCAGGGCAUUCAGCGCCGGCUGCGCGUCACCGUUGUGCACGAGCGCACGCCCGAUGUCCAGUGGAGCGACGUGCGCGAGCUGGUGGUCGGUCGUAUACGGAACACAGUGGAGUUCGAGGAGGACGACGAGAAUGACACGACCGUCCUCUCUUUGGGCCUGUUCCCCGGCGAGUACAUGGAGUACGCAGGGGACUCGCGGACCAUAUUCCGAUUCGAGGCGGCUUGGGACUCGUCCCUGCACAACUCGGUGCUGCUGAACCGCGUCACGCCGUACGGCGAGGUGGUCUACAUGACCAUCUCGGCCUACCUGGAGGUGGCCAACUGCACUCAGCCGGCCAUCGUCACCAAGAACCUGUGCAUGACGAUCUACGGGCGCGAGGCGCGCACGGCCCCGCGUACCUUCCGCCACCUGUUCCUGGGCGCGCUGCGCAGCUGCGAUGCCAACCGGCUGACGGGCGUCUACGAGCUGAGCCUACGACGGGCCGCCGACGGCGCAGGCGCCAGCCGCCGACAGCGUCGCGUGCUGGACACCAGCGUGACGUACGUGCGCGGCGAGGAGAACCUGGAGGGGUGGCGGCCCCGCGGCGACAGCCUGCUCUUCGAGCACCAGUGGGAGCUGGAGAAGCUGACGCGGCUGGAGGAGGUGGGCCGCACGCGACACCUGCUGCUGCUGCGCGAGAAGCUCGGCCUUGACCGGCUGCCCAUCCACGCGCACGAGUUCAGCAAGUCGGAGAAGGACGUAUGCAACCAGGUGGCGAAGGCGAGCAGUGAGGGCCGCGUGGCGUCGGUGGCGCCGCCGUCGGCGCGCACUCCGCCCGAGGCCGUGUACGAGCCGUGGGAGAUGACGGAGCGCGAGCGGCGCAUCGCCACCAAAUACGUCAGCCUCAUCCUCGGACACGACGCUCAGGCCAUACUGGGUCUGCCAGGGGCCGCGAGCGAGCAGCCUGCGGCGCCGGCAGAGGCCUGUGGCACCAAGCCCACCGCCGCCGACACCCCCCUGUGGAGCGGCGACCCGCUCUUCUGCGCCGAGCUGGAGGAGAUCCGCGUCUCGCCGGCCGUCAGCCGCCGCGGCCCGCUGCUCGUGUUCGAGGAGCUCACGCAGACGUGGCUCAAACGCUGGCUGGUGGUGCGUCGACCGUACGUGUUCCUGUUCCGCGAUGCCAAGGAUGCCGUGGAGCGUGGCCUCAUCAAUCUGGCCACCGCUCAGAUUGAGUUCAGCGACGGUCUGGCGGACGACGUGCCCAACUCGUUCAGGGUGUCGACACAGCACCGCCAGUACCUGCUGCAGGCCGUGGGCAAGGACCCGGCCAGGGAUCUGUACGAGUGGCUGUACGCCAUGAACCCCCUGCUGGCCGGACAGAUCCGGUCGAAGCAGGGCCGCCGACGCCGCAUCUCUGGCGGUCGGAACUCUAUCACGGCCAGCCAAUGAGACCGGCUCAGCGCCGACGCCGCAGGAGAGUGCGCCCUCUCGUAGCGUGCCGCGCGGCCGCUGCGGGAAGCCCGCCCACCGCCCGCACCGCCGACGCUGAUUGGUCCGUUCUUUAUCGUGCCACGCUGAUCUCCGCGAGCUUUACGUUCCGACGCCAUGGGCCUAGUUCAUUAUGUGAUGCUCACCGUUCGUUCCGAGGCGCGUGGUCUGGUCGUGUUUUGUUUUGCAGUCACGCUAGCGCGUUUUGCCGUGGGAUCGUGGCGGGCUUGUGCGCUAUUCUGUGCGUCGGUGCUGAGUACGGAAGCCUGUGGUGUCGAUCGCACUCGUCGCAUGGCGGGAGGUGGUGCCACCGGUGCGGGACAGCUGUCCCGCCUCAAGCGAUGGUGGCAUCGGGUUAGCUCCUGGUUCUGCCACCAGCUUGCUGAUGUGCAAGGGGGGGGGGGGGGGAGCCCAACGAGUGAGUGCGCCAGCGGGCAUACUUUUAGGCCCGGCACUACGGGGUGUGCUUAGUGAGACAUGUCCGUGUCGCUAGUCACGUGGGCGCACUGCGACCUGCACUGUGCUUUGGAACCGAAUACUUCAUCACGUUUCCUGUUAUGAAGGGACAUUGCUUAGAAUCUUAUUUGCCGAAUCCCAUGCUAAUGGCCAUUAUUUGCUAUAUUAUUUACACAUCGAUGUUGUCUUUCAGUUACCACGUUGUUAGUAUCGUAGGACUUUUGUGUGCGUAUAUCUGCGGCUUGAGUUCCGAGAAUCUGUGAGCUGUUUGGGAAUGUAGCGCAGGAUGUAGCUUUCUUCCCUCGCCGAUGGCCGCAGCGGAGCCAGUGGGUUCCACCCAGCCACCGUCUGUUCUCUGGUCCGCUGGCCAUGUGCGCGGCGUCGACGGUGGAUUCCACUCGACCACCGGGCGGCGUCAGGUCCACUGACGACCCUGCAGUGGACACGAUGAACGCCGAACCGUCGCCGGAUGCUGUCGGGUCCAGGUCAUCCCAUUGUCAGAUCUGAUCAGCAGGGGGCGUCGCAGGACGCAGUCUACGUUCUGGAAACUAGAACCCCGCCUGACACCAAAUGGUGCCGAAUUAAAGGAUGACUACGGUGAAGCCAGUGGACCCCGCUGACUCAGGACCCAACGCCGGCGGGCCUGGUGCGUUUCGUGUGUCCGUGUCUCCACCUCCGUUUCCCCUCAAAUGGGCCGCGCCGCCAGGUGUGGUUACGACUGAAACGGACCUCUCUAUCAUCGUGGACAAUAAACAGCUUA